AUGAAAUUUAUACUUUUGAUUUUUAGUCUUUUGUUUUGUGAAAAUUUGGAAGAUCUAAUAAAAAAGAGACUUGAUAAUGAGAAUUUUAAACCAGUAAGUGCUAACUUUUUUCAAAAUGAUCGUCAUUUUGUUUUUUCAAUUUCUCUAUAUACACAGAAAUUAAGCUGUGAAACAGCUGAGUUAGAGGAACAUACCCCGACCAUUACCUUUAAAGAAGAAAAGUCUUUAACAGUUAAGUAUUAUGAGUUAAAAAAGUUAGAACCCGUAAUAUAUAAAAUUUCAAAGUUAGAAAAAUUUACUGGGAAAAUUUCUUAUAUAAAUUUCAAAUUUUAUAACAUUUAUGCUAAACUAAUACAAAAUGCGUGCCAACAGAUAACAAAUUCGAUUAAAAAAAAAUAUCCAUCUUUACGUAUAAUUCCAGAUUUAGAUUUAUCAAGGUCUCCAAUACUAAACUGGAAUUUUUUAGCCCUAGAUGAAAAUUAUCAGCCCGUAAUUCAUAUUCCAAGUAUGAAAGAUGGUGAAAUAGAUACAAUCAAAAUACCAGGAAAAGAUCUAGAUCUAGAUAAUCAUUUUAAAAGUAAUUUAUUGCAAGCAAUAGAAUGUAUAAUUGAUCAAGAAGAGUUUAAUAAGUAUUUUGAUAAUUUUGAUUUCGUUAAGUUUGAAUAUUUAAAUAAAAUUAAUGGUAUUUCUUUAAUUGAUACAUCAAGGGAGAAUUGUGAAAAUGUAAAACAUGAAAAUUUUAAUAUAACAAAGUGCUUAAAUUGUCAACGGAAAAGAAUAAUUGCUAAUUGGAACAAGGAAAUGGAACAAAAUCAAGAACCAACAGAUAUUCGUGCCAAAUCUGAAAAAUUUUGUAAGGAAUUUUUAGAAAUUACCUCGGCAAAAGCAUGUGCAAUUAUGAUUUUGUAUAACACGCUUUCUAAGAAUACUAUUGGGGCAAUUAUUGAUAAAAUUACUAGUGAUACACCAAGUUUCUAUUACAAAGUAUUAAUAUUUUGGUUGAAAAACAAUACACCAAAGUUACCUAGCGAAAUUAAUAAUGAUAUUAACAAUAAGUAUUUAAAAUAUAGAAAAUUAUUUUUUAAUGACAAAUUAAUCUCUGAAGAAGCCGAAAAAGUCAAAACAUUUUAUAAUACUUUAUCAAGAUGUGAGUUUAUUACUGUUAGUAACAUGGUCGAAUUAUUUUAUGCAUUUAUAAUUUGCAAAGCUUAUGCAGAAACUUGCCAUCCUAGAUUAUUGAUUUAUAAAUCUGAAAUGCAUGAAAUGGAAAAAUCAGGUUUAAAUCAUUCAUCUUCAAAUGUAUUAGAAGAAUUUUAUACAAUAUUUGAAAAUUAUAAAAAAAUUAUGGAUGCUAUUGAUCUAAAAAAUGAAAAUUCAGUUUAUGGUAUUAUAAAAAGAGAAAUAGAGGAAAGAUUAAAAAAUGAGGAGUAG